UUUAGUUUGCGGUGUCACAUGUUUUCCGGGCUUGAAAGUCUGAAUGUUGAUCUAUUCUUGGGUUCAGAGUUAUAUAAGAGUUCAGGGUAGCUGGGGAGUGAGCCCCUGGAUUGGAAGUCGGAAUGGGGUGGGGAUGGAGGUGGGCCUGAGUUUGGGAUCUGGCUUAAUAGUUUUCAGGGAUGCAAUGAGGAUCCUAAAGUUUGAGGUCCAGGAGUCCGAGUUCACAACUUUGGGUCUUUGAUUAACGAUAUCUCCUUUUACUUGGGAAUAUCUCAAAGAUCCUCAUAUUGAGCUUUGGAAUCCUCUAAGACUGAUUUUGGCUUCUGUUUAGCACCCUCCUCCCUGCCCUUAGGUUUGGGGUGAGAGAAUCCUCCUCCGGCGGUGCUGGCAAGCUGUGCGUUCUGGCCUCCAUGGGGCUACAUUUUACACUCUUGCUGGCAGCUCUUGCCAACUGCCUGUGUCCAGCAAGGCUCUGCAUCAUAUGUGACCCGUUUGUGGUGGCUGCAAUAAAGACUUUGGAGCAGAAUUACCUGCCUACCCACCUGGCGCCCGAGCAUCACGAAGAUGUAAUGAAGAGGGUAGAGCAGGAAGUGAGGAACUUCGCUGAUCUGCCCUUGAAUCAGAAUACCUUUCUGGGGGUUGUAGAUGAGGACACACUGGAACAAGCAUCCUGGAGUUUUCUGAAGGAUCUGAAACGUAUCACGGACAGUGACGUAAAAGGAGAGCUCUUUGUAAAGGAGCUAUUUUGGAUGCUUCGUUUGCAAAAGGACAUCUUUGCCACCCUUGUUGCACGUUUCCAAAAGGAAGUUUAUUGUCCUAACCAAUGUGGCACGAUGUCGCAGACUCUGAUCUGGUGUAAUAAGUGUGAGAAGCAGAUGCACUUCUGUCGGAAAUCCAUGGAUUGUGGAGAGCGCCAGAUAGAGGUGCAUCGCUUGGAAGACAUGGUCUUGGACUGCCAGCUCAGUUGGCAUCACGCUUCUGAGGGACUUACGGAUUACAGUUUCUACAGGGUUUGGGGGAACAGUUCUGAGACCUUGCUGUCCAAGGGAAAAGACCCUUACCUGACCAAGACGAUGGUGGGUCCAGAGGAUGCUGGCAACUACCGCUGUGAGCUGGACACCGUCAACGCGGGUCCCGCCACCAUCAUCUACUACCAUGUCACAGUAUUGCCCCCAAGGUCUGAGGAGGAAAACCCACCGCCGAACAUCGUAACCCAGGAGGAGCAAGAGACCCCUGUCCAGGUGAUUGUACCGACGCUGGAGCCAGAGCCGGAGCCGGAGCCCAUACCUACAGUUACCCAUCGUCCAGAAAAAAAAUUGAAAAGCCGCCUCUUAAUACUGUUGAUCCUUGGCUUCGUGGUUCUUGUGGCCAGCGUCAUUGCCUCGGUACUUCACUUUAGAAAAACCAGAGUUAAAUCGAAGAAUGAGGAAAACAAAACCUCUGCGGCAGAAUUCAAGUCAGAGGCGGAGUCACCCCAAAAGAUGGGAUCGAGGAAGCUCUCUCAGGCAGAGUUUCACACUGACUCUUCGGAUAAGGUUGAGGAAGCAGAUAACUAAUAAAGAUUUGAUGUGUUGUCUCAGUA